AUGGCGGGCGGGCGGGCCGGGCCCGGGGCGCUGCUGGCCCUGCUGGCGCUGCGGGCGCUCGGGGCGGCGGCGCACCCGCAGUGCCUGGACUUCAGGCCGCCCUUCCGGCCGCCGCAGCCGCUGCGCUUCUGCGCGCAGUACUCGGCCUUCGGCUGCUGCACCCCGGAGCAGGACGAGGCGCUGGCCCGCCGCUUCGGAGCCCUGGCGGCGCGCGUGGACGCCGCGGAGUGGGCCGCGUGCGCCGGCUACGCGCUCGACCUGCUGUGCCAGGAAUGCUCGCCGUACGCGGCCCACCUCUACGACGCCGAGGACCCGUCCACGCCCCUGCGGACCGUGCCCGGGCUCUGCGAGGACUACUGUCUGGACAUGUGGCAGACGUGUCGGGGCCUGUUCCGCCACCUGUCACCGGACCGAGAACUCUGGGCCCUGGAGGGCAACCAGGCCAAGUUCUGCCGCUACCUGUCGCUGGACGACACGGACUACUGCUUCCCCCACCUGCUGGUCAAUGAGAACCUCAACUCCAAUCUGGGCCGCGUGGUGGCCGACGCCAAGGGCUGCCUGCAGCUGUGCCUGGAAGAGGUGGCCAACAGGCUGCGCAACCCCGUGGCCAUGGUGCACGCCCGGGAUGGCACCCACCGCUUCUUCGUGGCCGAGCAGGUGGGGCUGGUGUGGGCCUACCUGCCGGACCGCUCCCGGCUGGAGAAGCCCUUCCUGAACAUCAGCCGGGCCGUGCUCACCUCACCCUGGGAGGGUGACGAGCGGGGCUUCCUGGGCAUAGCCUUCCACCCCAGCUUCCGGCACAACGGCAAGCUCUACGUCUACUACUCAGUGGGGUUUGGCUUCGACGAGUGGAUCCGCAUCAGCGAGUUCCAGGUCUCCGCAGAUGACAUGAACACCGUGGACCACAGCUCUGAGAGGAUAAUCCUGGAGAUUGAAGAACCAGCCUCGAACCACAACGGGGGCCAGCUGCUGUUUGGGGACGAUGGGUACCUCUACAUCUUUACUGGUGAUGGCGGGAUGGCUGGAGACCCCUUUGGAAAGUUUGGAAAUGCCCAAAACAAGUCGGCGCUGCUGGGCAAGGUGCUGCGCAUCGACGUGGACCGCAACGAGCGCGGCCCGCUCUACCGCAUCCCGCGCGACAACCCGUUCGUGGGCGACCCCGCCGCGCGGCCCGAAGUCUACGCCCUGGGCGUGCGCAACAUGUGGCGCUGCUCGUUCGACCGCGGCGACCUGACGAGCGGCGCGGGCCGCGGGCGCCUCUUCUGCGGAGACGUGGGCCAGAACAAGUUCGAGGAGGUGGACCUGGUGGAGCGCGGCCGCAACUACGGCUGGCGCGCCCGCGAAGGCUUCGAGUGCUACGACCGCAAGCUGUGCGCCAACACCUCCCUCGAUGACGUGCUGCCGAUUUUCGCCUACCCGCACAAACUGGGCAAGUCGGUCACGGGAGGCUAUGUGUACCGGGGCUGUGAGUACCCCAACCUGAACGGCCUCUACAUUUUCGGUGAUUUUAUGAGUGGGCGUCUGAUGUCCCUCCGAGAGAACAUGGAGACAGGCCAGUGGCGGUACAGCGAGAUCUGCAUGGGUCGAGGCCAGACCUGUGCGUUCCCGGGCCUCAUUAACAACUACUACCCUCAUAUCAUCUCCUUUGCUGAGGAUGAGGCCGGGGAGCUGUACUUCAUGUCAACAGGCGUGCCGAGUGCCACAGCGGCCCGUGGGGUUGUCUACAAGGUGAUCGACCCUUCCAGACGGGCACCACCCGGCAAGUGUCGGAUCCAGCCUGCCCAGGUGAAGGUGAGGAGCCGCCUCAUCCAGUUUGUGCCCAAAGAAAAGUUCAUCCGGAGGGCAGAGAGCACCCCACCGCCCACAGCGCGUGUACCCACCCAGGCGCCCCGCCGCAGCCGCCCCACAGUUGCUCUGCCCGCACCCACCCCGCGGCCCGCAAGGCCCACCCGGCGACCCGGGGGCCGGAGGGGUGGCGGGCGGCGGCGGGGUCGACCAGGCACUGCGGACUCCACGCCCUCGAACGGCGCCGUGCGCCUGGUGCGGCCCGCGGGCCUGAGUGCGGGCCGCGGGCGUGUGGAGGUGUUCGCGGGUGGACGCUGGGGCACCGUGUGUGACGACGCCUGGGACACCAAGGCUGCCGCCGUCGUGUGCCGCCAGCUGGGCUUUGCGCACGCCGUGCGGGCCACCAAGCGCGCCCAGUUUGGCGAGGGCCGCGCGCUGCCCAUCCUGCUGGAUGACGUGCGCUGCGCGGGCAGCGAGCGCAACCUGCUGGAGUGCACGCACGCGGGCGUGGGCACGCACAACUGCGGGCACGAGGAGGACGCGGGCGUCGUGUGCAGCCACGAGGACCCUGACCUGUAGGCGAGCACCAUCGGGCCGGCAGCAGCCCGGCAGGGCCCCUCCGCCCUGAGCGCGCCUGGUGCGCGCACAAGCCUGCGGGCAGAGGGGGCCCAUCUGUAAUGCUGUCCUGUGGGCGCGUGUGAGGUGUGUGUAGUGCUCCCGGGCUCUGUGUCCCUGCCCACGUGCCUUCCGCAGACCAGAAGCCACAGUGUGUUGGGGUCUGUGUAGUCACCGGCCCCAGGUGUUCUUUUCUUACCUCCAAACAUCUCCGGCACAUGCAGGAACACAGUCUGGCCAUGGACCCUCAGCACUGAGGGCUACCACCCUUCAAGGGCAGACUUGGUCCUUGGCUGCAUUAACAGAGGCAUAGCUGGCAGAUUGAGGGAGGGGACCAGGCUUGUCCUGCCCAGGGUUUGAGUGGAAGGCCCUGGACCAUCUGGAGCGUGGCCUACAGAAGGUGACUCAGAGAGCAUGGGCAGGUGGCCCGGCAGGUAGAGGUACUGAAAACAGGAAGGCGUCCAGUGGGGCAAAGGGAAGCUGUUAGACCGAUGAGCCCAGAGUGAACUGUGGGCCAUGGCCGUCUGAGCGAGGAUCAGGCUGCCUGGGGGAAGUGAGCAUCUGGAGAGGGCUGGCUGGGGGAGGGGGGUUCUGGAUGACCUCUGGCAGAAGCCUCUUGGUCAUCUUGGACUUCAUUAUCAUCGUGGGUCCAUGUGGAUGCUCUGGGGACAGUGCUGGGGCCCUGGGCCCUGAGACUUGACUCUCCAGGGCUCACUGGGAGAGAAGCCACCCACCUGGCCACUCCAAGCACCAUGGCCCCCCAGUGAAUGGGGGGGGCAUCAGGUUUCUCUGCAUUAAAGGCUGUGUUAGGGCCACUGGAACCACCUUGGUCCUCUCCAUCCCCAUGCUGCUCAGUGAAAUCCCAGGGGACCCUCUGAUUCCUCCAGCAUCUCCCCCCCAGGGGUCCGGAAAGACUACUGAUGCUCUGUCACCUGAAGCUGUGCCAACAACGUGACUGUUUACA